UGCUAUUGCUUGCUGGGUCAAAGUCGUAACUCGGCAACCACUGCGCGUGCCAACAACCCCCACCACCACCACCACCAUCUUCUCUUCUCUUCUCUUCUCUUGUUUCUUCCCAUCCCAUCCUCUUCUCCUCCGCAUUUUGCUCUUCAUUCAUUUGUGCUGUGCUCUCCACGCGCCCUCGCCUCUCUUUCCUCCGAUCCUCCGCUUCGUUCGAAUCCCACAGGUCAGUUUGUGGUGUUCAUAUGGAUCCCUUUUUCCGCAGAGCUUCCAGUGACCCCUUGUGCUUGGAAGACAACUCCGUCCAACAUGGAAUUGAAAGAUGCCCAUUCCUAAGGAACAUCAAUGAGCCUACAAGUUUUUCAUUCUCGUCCGUUAAUUUUCCUGUUCCUGCAAGAGGAGACAAGGGUCCAAUUUUUGAAGAUGGACCCAAUUUUGACAUGGCAUUUCGAGUUUUCCAUGGCCAAGAUGGGGUUGUUCCACUUUCACAUGGAUCAUUUGAGCGAUUUGAGAAGCCAAUGCCAAAGCCCAAUCCUGAAUUUAACCCCUUGGCUGCUAAAGCAGCUACCAUCAGUCUCUCUGCAUUUGGAGGUUUUUUCAGCUUUGGUGAUUUCUCAAAUAAGCGCAAUAAGAAGAAUAGUAACCAAAAGAAGCCCAACAACCUUCCCCAGAACGGAGGUCAGCCUAAUAACCAUGAAGCACUGAGCAAUGAGUGGCUGGAAAUGGGUCAAUGCCCCCUGGCAAAGUCGUACAGGGCAUUAAGUGGUGUCGUGCCCCUCGUCGCAAAGAUGAUGACACCCCCGGCUGGUAUGAAACUGAGAUGCCCACCUGCAGUAGUUGCCGCCCGUGCAGCACUAUCACGCACAGCCUUUGCCAAGGGGCUUCGUCCUCAGCCCCUACCGACGAAAAUACUGGUGAUGGCGUUGCUUGGUAUGGCAGCAAACGUUCCCCUUGGCAUCUGGAGGGAGCACACGGAGAAAUUCUCAGUGCAGUGGUUUGCCGCAGUCCAUGCGGCGGUACCUUUCAUAGGCAUGCUCAGGAAGUCUGUGCUGAUGCCAAAGACAGCCAUGGCGCUUACCAUAGCUGCCUCAAUAUUGGGUCAGACAAUUGGUUCGAGAGCUGAGCGUAUCAGAUUGAAGAGGGCAGCAAAGGUUGCUGCUGGUAGCCAGGGUGAUGCUAGCACCAGAAUGAGCCUGAAAACCGGGAGAUACACUGAUGAUGUCCAGUUCUGGGAUCCGCUUGCCCUCAGAGUUGAGAGUACCAUAGGAACAGGAACUCCGGUUCUUGUUCCAACUUUCCAUUGAUGAUGUGCCUUGGGUUUGUUUCUUCGGUCGAUUAUUGUUGUAUUCAUUGUGUUGUGCCUUAGUCUUUAUACUAAAUAUUACGUUGGAUGCUUCUCCCAUGAAUCUGGGGUCCAAAUUUCAGUGUACAAUAAAUUGCACGUGUACAUUUCCGAAAACAAGUGUUACUAGUGCGCUAAGAAAUACGCUUAGAGCUGAGAACUAAGAUGAUGUCCUUGAAUUCGA